AUGGAUCAAGAUUCCCCUGCUAAGCCCAGAGAACAAAAGGUCUCCAGUCAAAGAACAAGGUGGAAAAUACUCCUGCUCAUACUCUGUCUGCUCCACGGUUCAUCCAUGACCCCUCCACACAGACAACCCCAUUCUGGAGAGCUGCAGGCUGGCUCUCCCCCUUCCAGGACCCCUCUCUGCACUAUGGAAGCACACAGGGCUUCAACACCCCCUUGCUGCUGGAAAAACUCCCUUACAGGUGCAAACGCACUCAGAGGCCCAAGGCUGGUAUCCGGGGAGCCUGGAGGAGCUGUCACCAUCCGUUGUCAUUAUGCCCCCUCCUCGGUCAACAGGCAUCAAAGAAAAUACUGGUGCCGCCUGGCGCCUCCAUUGUGGACCUGCUACACCAUCGUGUCCACCAACCACUACACCCACCGUGACUACAGGGGGCGUGUGGCUCUCACUGACUUUCCACAGAGUGCUCUCUUCAUGGUGAAGCUGUUCCGACUGUCCCCGAAUGACACGGGACUUUACUGCUGUGGUAUCGGGGACCGAAAUGACAAGCUAUUCUUCAGGAUGAAUCUGAUUGUGUCUCCAGGUCUUCCCAACACCACCUAUGCAGCAGCAGUUCCAGCUUCUGGUGAGCUCAUCACAGCAUCUUCUGGGAUAGGAUCCACAGCAGCCAACAGAAGCACCCCAGGAGUCACUCAGAGUCUAGAAGGCCAAGGAUCAGCAUGGGACAGAACAGCUCCAACUACAAGAAUAAGCAAAACUACAGUUCCAGCCAAUGGAAGAUCAACCCUAAGAAUAAUAGCCAGGACAACAGCUCCAGGGAAAAGCACCAGAGAGGAGGGCUAUAUCAAGACAACAGUCCCUACUCCAGAGAGCCCAGCUUCAAAAUCAAGAAGCAUGUUCAGUACAACACAGGGUGCUUGGGUAUUGGGUGCUCAAAACUCAGUAACAUCCAGUGCCAGCACCAGCGAGGGUGGGAGGACAGGUACAGUUCCAGAGGCUGAAGAACCACAAUGGGAAACAGAGGUCAGCACAUCUCCAGGAGCACCAGAAAAGACCACAGGAACCACCCAGCCAUCAGUCCUGAUCUCAGAGCCUGUGACUUGGGAAACUCUCCAAGAAGCAACAGAUGAUUCUAAGCAACAAUUGUUGUACUCCUCAGAAGAGCCAUCUUCAGAUCCAGGUGCAUGGACGUUGAAUGCUACACGCAUGCAAGUGGCAUCUGGAAGCAUUGGUAGGACCCUAGAAAACACUGGUGGAGAAAGUAGCCCCCCAACACCAAGCCAACUUUCAUCCUGGGGCCCAAUGUGGACCCCUGGCAAGAGAUCAUCAAUGAAGAGUGUUUUUACAGAAGGAGAAAGCAACACUUGGAUCCUGACUCCAGUCUCCAGUGUGCUGGCACUGGUUCUGCUUGCGGCUCUGGUCCUCUUGAAAAGGAGACCCUGGAGGACCUCUCAGAAGACAGAAAGGUCACCAAGGAUCACUCUGAGUCAGAUGACACAUUUCCUACCAGACAAGCUCUCCGAUGUGGGAAAGAGCUUGCAGCAAGGUGACCCUCCUUCUGCCCAAGCCAGCCUGACUGUCCUAAAGAAGGACUCAGGACCCUGA